GUUGCGAUUGCGGGUAUACCCUGUUAAUGCUAGAGGUGUUCCGACUGCAGAUUAACUUCCCUCGCUGGCCUUGUAGAUGAAAUAUACCAGGAGGAAUCGAGACCAAGAAUGGCAGGAACAGUACCUUUGGCAAGUGAUAAUGUCAUUCCAGAGACCAAAGAUGAUAGGAUGGAAAAUCACGUUCUUGAGGGGAUGGUAAACUCCAGCCCACAACGUGAGGGAGAGGUGGUAAACUCCAGUCCACAACCUGAUGGAGGGGUGGUAGAGUCCUGCCCACAACGUGAGGGAGUGGUGGUAGAGUCCUGCCCACAAUGUGAGGGAGUGAUGGUAGGGUCCAGAAUGGCAGGGACAGUACCUUUGGUAAGUGACAAUGUCAUUCCAGAGACCAAAGAUGAUAGGAUGGAAAAUCAAGUUCAUGAAGGGAUGGUAGACUCCAGCCCACAACGUGAGGGAGAGGUGGUAAACUCCAGUCCACAACCUGAUGGAGGGGUGGUAGAGUCCUGCCCACAACGUGAGGGAGUGGUGGUAGAGUCCUGCCCACAACCACAUGAGGGAAUGGAUCAAGACCAUAGACACGAUACGACAAAUCUGGAAAGGUUUGAUGUUUGGACGAUACCCAUAGCUGGAAUUGCAACCACUUCCAUAACCGGAAUUUCGCAAAGUACCAACCUAGUUGAUGACCCGCCAGAGAACACAGUUUGUUUGGAAGAAGCAGACAAUUCUGUACAUCCAAAUCCUACCAGUGAUGUUCCUAAUGAUCCAGCCAGCAGCAUUGCUUUUGAAACAAAGAUGUCUUCUUGUCAAAGCAGUGAUAGGAAUGAUAUAGAAUGGCGCUUUGUAGGCUUGAUUAUAUUGAUGGCUUUAUAUUCUGUAAAGCUGCAAGACGGUUUACAUCAAGUUCCCUCUAAUGAUUUACAAGAUCCCUGGAGAAGGUGUGCAACGAUGGCUGAUAGUACCACAAAUCAUCAGAAUCUAUCUUCUGUGGACCCGCCAUUAAUGCUUAUGAAAUUACCACGAACUGACUUCAUAAUACAAGAGGAGGGCAUCAGACGAGGAGCUGAUGUCCAGUUCACCAAUGAUACACUGAGAUGUGAGGCUCGGCCAUGUCCAGACGAGGAAGCAGUAUUGCUCUCAGAUAUCUUCCAGCCAACUUCUGUGAAUGGAACAAACAAUGAGGAAAGCUACAUAAAUAUUAUGUUGAGGCAAGAAAGAAGUCAUUCUCAGAAUCAUCCCAAUGUUAUCCCUAUCAGCGAUCACAAUUAUACGACCAGCUCGACUGACAUGGAUCCAGAUAGCGAUGAAGCAACAUCAUCAGAGGGUGAGGAACUGCAGUCAAACAUUACAACCCGACCACCUGAAAGCCGACCUCAAGGUGUUCCUCAUGGUGGAAGGCUAGAUCCAUUGACACGGUUAAACAACACAUGCAACUUGGACCAGUUAGUUAACGGCCAGUACCUUAUAUGCCUGUUCCGACCCAUUCGAAAUCUGUUGGAAGACAGAGCACAAAGAUUCCCGGAAACAUAUGGACAUCUCUGGCACGCUCUGCAUCUGUGUGAGGCAGGCCAAUUUGCAGCAGCAAAAUUCUACCUGGCGCCCCUGUAUGACAUGUACACUGAAGAAGGAACUAGGGUGAUGCCACUCAUCAAGGGACAGCUGCGACAUUUCUUUUCGACUUCAUGCCAAAAGUGUGGAUAUUGUCAGGAUAGACCAGAAAUCAUUCUAGGCAGAUAUAAUCGGAUUGGAGGGUUCCAGGAACCCUUAAGAGCCGCUUUUUCACGUCAAGAUGGAACAUGCAUUCAGCAGGGGUGCCAAGGUCGGACAACCGCUGAAGUCAGAUUUGAAUGUGGGACCCCGCCACUGAUAAUUGCUGUCAAUCUCUACUAUUUACGUCGCUUCAUUCCUAAUUCACAAUCCGUUGAUUUUACUGAGAUUGUGGAGCUAUUUGGAGAAAGGUACAUGAUGUUCCUCUUCACCCUCGUUCGACCUGAUUCCUCGGAAAAUGGACCCGGUCAUUACAUGUCCUAUGUCUUCAGGCCGGAUGGGGGUGGAGAAGUUGACAGUGAUGGGAUACCAGUAGGAAAUUGGAACUGGUAUCCUAAUAAUGAAAAUGGAGACCUAGUGCCCUUGACACCUGGGCAAGCAGACCUCGAGGGAACCAUUCCAAGCUAUGUUUACUUCAUCCUGGUUCCUCCGUCCUCCUCUGGAGGGGCCACUUCUUCUGGUCGGGGAGAAAAGUGUCCAAAAAAGGAGGGAGAAGACAAUGAGGAGUAGCUAUAUACUGUAUAUGACCUAAUAAGGGUGCAGGGUGCGGAUAAUCCACACUGGGGGCGCCCUUAUUAAGAUUCAUUAUUCUGAAGUUUUAAGAAACAGACUAUACCUUAUAGCAGAAUACCCAAGGCUGUGGGAAUGGUAAAACAUUCAGUUGUAAGAAUAUUCCAGAUGAAGAUAUCUAUUCAUUUUCAUAUAUUAAGAUUAAACAUGACUUGAAUAUUCUUGUAAACUUGUAAACCAUGCCAGCUGUUCUUUAGGAUAGAGAAUGUAUGUUCCACUAUUUAUGUUCAAAUGGAAUGCUUUUGUGUUCUAUUUAUAUAUAGACAUAGGUGAUUUCCCAGAUCAUAUCUGACAUCGUUUUCUUUGACCUAAUAAUUGAUUUACAAUGUCUUUUACUAGCUUUCUGUUCUGACCAACAGUUAGUUCUGCUGUUUUUGUGGUGUAUCAAUCUUUUGAUUGGUAAAGAUUAGGCUAAUUGUCUUUCAAGUAUAUUGUUGGCCAAAGUAUGAGCAUGUAUCAAAAAGGUCAAGAAUCCAAUAUGGCCGCCAUGACGUCAUUCCUAAAAUGUUUUAAAUGACCAUAACUCAAAAAGUAUUUAAGAUACAAAGGUAAUGUUAUAAUAUUAUGGUACAUUGGUUCUGGGACUAACUUUUAUAACAUUACAAGUUUAAAGCCAGAGGUCAAAUAAAAAAGCUCGGUAAGGGUCAAGUUUGUCUAUUUUUAGAAAAUCUUCAUUUUUUUAAGAUUUUUGAUCGAUGUGAUAUGUCACUAGAAGGAUUUUGAUGUCUUUAGUUUUUUGGGAACAUUUGCCGUUAACGCGGUACGCCAUUUUGAAUAUUUAUUGUUCUUUAGGGUAUGCCCACAACUCACAUUUUAAGUUUCUUCUUAUAUUCUAUCAAUGCGAUUCAGCACAAACUUUGACAAAAUGACAAUGAGAUAAUACUGACUAAAUCUUGUUAUCAUAGGGACAGUCCGAAAUCUAAUAUGGCCACCAUGACGUCAUGUAUUAAAAAGUUUUAAAUGGCCAUAACUAAAAAAGGAUGUAUUCUACAGAGGUCAUGUUAUUAUGUUAUUAUAGAUAAUGCCUGGUGCAAACAUUUACCAGAAAAAGUUUUCAGGUCAAAGGUCAAAUAAAAAAGUAAUUUGUCUAUUUUUAGAAAAUCUUCAUUUUUCAAUCUUUUUCCAAAAUUCUUUUGAAGUAUGACGUA